AGGUAAGAUCCGUGUGGGUGAAAGCGAGAAGAAAGCGGCGUCUCCACGGCUUUACCAGAGCCCAUCUCCGUCUACUCAACAACAAGUGAAAUUUCUUUUGUUUUUUGAGACUUUUCUUUUAUUUAGGUGGAAGACACAGUUGGGAAAAACGUGGGACAACGUGCUGAACGCGUGAAAAAGACGGAAAAAGCAACAGACUGAAGUUGGUUAAAGGAAGAGGAAGAAAGAAGAAGAUGGUGACCGAGGAGAUCAAGACAACGCAAUAACUGAGCUGCUGCUGCUGCUAACCUGACCAUGCCAAGGGGAUUUUGACUGAAGGAAAAGCGUGGAAGAUGACCUAAAGUGCCCCCUAGAGCGGCAGAUAUUUGAACUGUAAAUGUCAUGGUUGUGAAUCGGCCAGUUUCGCCCACAACAAAACCACAUGCCUGCUUACUGCCUGCAUCCAACCGCCCCUUUCCUCCAUGGAUUCCUACAACUUCCACUUUGAGAGAAUGAGUAACAUAGACUUGCAUCCUCUCAGCUUGCCAAUGAGCCGGCUCUCUCCUGCCAAAUCCAACAGCAGCAUCGUUGAACAGUUUGCCCACCACCACCAGCACGGCAAAGGCGACUCAGCGUACAGUUCUUUCUCGGGAGGGUCCACUGCUCCCGACUACCCCUCUCCGUUUCUACCGGACGAUCUUCAGCCUAGCUCUUUUAGCCAGUACGCUGACUUGAAGUAUGUGAAAUCAUUGUACAACCCUUCUCAAGUUUUACAGUCUGAUCCGAAAACAAUGGACCAGCUAUAUAGGUCCGUGGAGGCAAUUUCGCAACAGUACAGACAUAGUAACAACAAUCUGAACCACUACAAUGGCGAAAGUGGGUUCAACAAUAACAAACCAAUGACGAAGCAGGAGUUGGCAUCACAAGGAGGCUUCAUUACACACAACCCGCCUCCAAUUCCAACCCGAAUGGAUAGCUUUAUCGCGACGAAAAAUUUGGAGAAUAGCUGGACGCAUCAGGAAAUUCAGCAGGCACAAUCCCAAUCGCCACGACAACAGGCGGAGAAAUCAAGCGUCAAAAAGGAUGCGUACCGAAGAGCCUCCCAACCACCAAGCUACCAUCCUCACCACCUGCCCAACAGCCAGACUUUAACACAAACAAAUCCCGAGUACUUCGCCGUGAACAGUAAUCGGAAAAUUGAGGAGCCGAAAAUGGGGAAAAACCUGAGUCAAUCUCCUCCAAAAUCGGCAAAUCAAGCUGAACAUAAUCGCCGGCGAGCUUAUUCAACAAACGACUUUACAGGCCCAGAUUCCCAUCGAGAAUACAGGUCUUGGAGCAUCGGACAAAACGUUAUCAACAGCAGCAUCCAACAUAAAGGACAGUUUUACUUCGUGACCGGGGUCUGCAAAACAACUCCAGAUUCAGAAAUGAGACCUUACGCGUCCUCUGUUUGCGGCUCGGAGAGUGGGAGCGAACUGAAACGUACAAGUUGAGAAAGAUGCCACAGCACAAUGGAGAAUCUUUUCCGGCCUUUACAACCGAGCCCGUGCGCUUUAACAUCAGAUGAUAGAGGAUUUGUGAACAUUUCAAAAUCUAAUAACGUAAUCAAUAUGUGCGGAGAGGAGAACCUGCGUCAAAGUUUGAGCAAGUCUUCUCGAAGCUUGGAGGCCUUAGAGGAGAUUGAUGUAUCGAGAGACAUAGGCAGGCAUACCCCAAGCAACCCUAUUUUUUAUUGCGGGCCUGAAAGAACUAGCCCAUUACAACAGACAAAAGAGGUGGUUAACUUAAGCAAUGAGCAACUCAAACCUGUCAGAGAGGAGCAGGGGAAAAGGGUCAACAGACAGUCACUGGGGGAUGUAGCUAGCGAGAGGAUAAACAAAGAAACAACUCCGCUUUUGUAUCAACUCACUGGAGCAAGCAGGGCAGGGUUCAGGACAGAGGCGAAGAGCAACGCUUUGGAUGUAAUCAAUGAGCCACAAGUCGAAGCUACCAAUAACCAGGCUAUGGAUGCGGCUUGUAACACGCUGGACCACUCAUAUAAGAAGUUUUACAGGGAGCAACUCAAAGACGUUCAGUCAAGGGUGCUAAGGGAGACGUCGUUCAAAAGGAGGGAUCUGCAACUGUCAAGGCCCCACCGCGUUAGGGAAAAACCAGAGAUGAAACAAAAUGUGCAAGAUAUAAGACCAAUAGUGCAUCAGUUCACCUCAUCGCAAGAUUCUGAGGCUUCCACAGAAACGCUUACGCCAUCAGUAACCUCGGAGGACACUGAGAAAGGAAGUGUCAAGGACGAAGUGGAAAUCAAAAAGCAAAACCAAGCAGAGAAGGAGAGCGAAAAAGAAAACGGCCGACCCGCUAACGUGGCUCAACCGCAAGUAGCUCGGAUCGGAGGCAGGAAAAGACUGACUCAGGAGCAAAAGAAGAUGUGCUUUUCGGAACCAGAGAAACUCCAUCAAAUCGGAGGAGGAGGUCCGAGUCAUUCCUCGUGUCGCUCUUUUGGGAAUGAAAGUGAAGAUGUCUUUACUUUGGAGCGGGAAUUAGAUGAGCAACUCCAACAAGCUGAGCCAGGACUGGUGGCAGCUCGAAGGAAAAUUUUUGAAACAAGAGGUCGUGCGUUGUCGGCGUCCAGUGCGUCCAAGAGCAGUCUGAAGCACCUCCAGCACAAAGCCCUGGUGGAGUACAUGGAGAGGAAAACGGGACAGAAAGUGGCAGAACCGCAGCAGCCAUCCCCUCAAGCACCGGCCCCCACCCGACAGAGGCACUCGCUCGGGGAGAAGCCGUUCGACUGGGGACCCAGGCCUCAGUCCGGUCCUAUGGAGAGCAAGAAGAAGAGGAUGAACAGACCACAUUCUGCAGGGCGCAUACUGGACUCUUCUACCAGCUCUAUUAGGUAUGCUCAGUUCUUCACUUCUUCGGGUCAGUCCAGUAGUCAGCCGUACCAGCCCAAAUGGAGGGACAGCCGGGGUCCAUCCCAGGGCAAGUCGGCCUCAGUGGAGAAUCUUUUGGACCAACCGGAAAAUCGCAGCUUUUACCGCAACCGAUCCACUUCUUCACCCCACCCUUUCCAGGCAUUCAGCUCUGCGCAGGAUCCAUUACUGGUUAAUGAUACUAAGGAAACCAGCAGUCCCCAUAAGGACUUAACAGCGGACAGUCCAGUGAAGGCGCAGGGGCAGCAGCCGGUCCGUGUGGUCGCUCAGAGGGGCAAGUCUAUGGAGGAGCUGGGAACUGCAAAAUUUACAAGGCCAAAAGCUUUGAGCAAGAGCACCGAGCAACUGGACACACUGUGCAGGCAUUCAAUACGACAUGAACCAGACAGGAACAGGAAGAUGGUUUCAAAUAAUGUACAAGACUUUAAAGAGCAAAAUAAAAUCUCAAAAUCACAAGAAAUCAUAAGAAAUCCAGACUUACAAAAGCAAAGCACUCAGGGACAACCAAAACAGAAAAAGUCCCCCGUUAAGCAAAACUCUGAACCAAUUUUGGGCGGUAAUGAUGACAUUUUAGAGAGCCAGGAUUCCAGCUCUUCACCAGGAUCCAGCUUCUCCAUGCGGACCAGGAUUCACUCUCACGGGGCCAUCCCCACUGAGCCCUGGACUAACCCUCCGGAGUGCCCCUCAGGUCAGGACCCCGGUGAGAGGGAGAGGAAAUCCGCCUCCUCCAGCCCUACAUGGACAAAGGCCGGCUAUGAGAACAGGCUAAGCCCCAGAACCAGAUCUUCCGCAUCUGUGUCAGAGGUCGAAGAAUCCGUGGACGAACCCUUCAUCCCAGACCUGCCUCCCCCGCCUCCCCCACCUCCUCUCGACCCAAACCAGGAAGUGUCCCUAAGCUGCGGCGUUACCACGGACCCCUCCCUCUGGCUCCUCCCCCCGCCGCCCCCCGAAGACCAACUCAGACAGGAUGCCCCAAAUCCACAGCUGACAGAAGCGUUCACCGCCGAAUCCUCGAGCGCCGCCCCUCCCGCCGAAACGAGUCCAGCCCCCGAGUCCCCCAGCAACUCCGUCUCUGAUCAGGACGUCACUCAACAAGCGAAUGAGGAGAACGCACCCAAAAAUGAGGUCGAAAACUCGGGACAAAACGCGGAACUGGAGGAGAGGGGUACACCUGAGGGCGAGACCGAGGUUCAGCAGACCCCCGCCGAGAAACCGCAGUGGGAGGAGCUCGUGGUGUGCAUGGUUAAAGCCGACCAAUCGCUGGCCAGAGUGCUGUACCCGCUCGCCAACAGGAAGACGGCGCUAAUGCUGAUGGAGCAGCUGCUGUCGGAGGACACGCUGCUGAUGGAGGAGCACUACAAGAAGAAACAGGAGCAGAAAGGAGAGAGUGUUGAAGUGGCAGAAAUCACAGAGGCCUUUUCCUGUCCAUCCUCCCAAAACUUGGAUGCACAGAGCAAAGCGGACAUCAAAGAGAAAAAGCACCUGCUGGUUUCGUACAUUGAGGACCGUCUCCGCUCUUUGGCUGACUCCCGCACGGCUCUUCAGACUGAGAUGGAUGAGAACGCUCAGAGGGGUGAGGCGCUGCAGGGCCUUGUGCGUGAACGCUGUCUGCCCGUGGAGCUGGAGCGCUACAACCUGUUCAUGGGAGACUUGGAGCGAGUGGUCAGUCUGCUGCUGUGUCUGUCCGCACGGCUGGCAAGAGUCCAGAACGCCCUGAGCACCGUGGACCAGCACACCGAUGCAGAGGAGAAGCAAUCCCUGGACAGCCGCCAUCGUCUCUUGUGCAAACAGAGGGACGACGCCAAAGACCUGAAGGAUAACCUGGACCGAAGGGAGAGCCAGGUUUCGGCCUUCCUGUCCCGCCAGCUCAGCCCCGACCAGCUCCAGGACUACAGGCGCUACGUCCAGACCAAGGCGUCGCUCCUCAUCCGACAGAAGGACUUAGAGGAGAGGCAGAGGCUGGGAGAAGAGCAGCUGGAGGCGCUAUCUCUCACCCUUAAUCUCUGAAAGAACUAUUGAGAUUUCACAGACACAGCAGUGAACUGAAACUUUGGCACCGUUUGGACCUUUCGAGUGGGUUUGCAAUGACGAGAACUCAACUGUGGUACAACAAACUAUUUUCUUCAGUGACACUAGAUCUGACUUUGGUCUAGUAUCUGGACAUCAGUCACAAAUAGUCCGCCCAAUCCGCCCAGUCUGAUCACUUGCACCUGAACACACUGUUGCACAUGAAGUUAUACGAAUAGGCUCCCAAAAAUUGUCUUUUUUAUUUAUUUUCCUGCCCUUUACGUACAUUCGGUUAAGUCUAGGCUACUCAGAAGAAACCCAUUCAAAGUUAUCAUGGAAGGGGGCGGGAAUUGAACCUCUAACCUUGCAAAAUUUGUUCAUUGGCAAAAAAUGACUGUCAUGGAUAUCUAGAACUGUACGAGAGAGGAGAGUGCCUUGUUUUUGACUUGUUAUGAACACCAUUCCACCCAUAAUUCAUCUUUUCCACUUUUUUCUCAACACUACAAGCCCCAAGUCUGCAACAUCGGAUACCUAACAUAAGCUUUAAGAUUUGGACCAGCGUUUUCUGAGAAGACGGCAAAAACUUUUAGUGCAUAUAGUGGACAAUGUCAUGUUUAUAGUUGUAGAUCUUUUUUUCAUUGUAUAUUUUUAAAUGUUUCAAAUUAAGGCACUAAAAACCAAAAAGGUGAAUGAGAAAAAAGCACUUUGUAUUUGUAAAAUAAUGCACAUUUCUUCAAAAAAACAGUGAUAUAAUUUCAACUAAAAAGUCUUGCUCCAUCCAUUAAUGUUUCUUUUUAUAUGGUACACAUAUGGGCCAUUGUGUACAUAUACUUCCGGCCAAUUUCCAGUUUAAUUUUGUCUUGUCUUGGUGAUUUUACUGUAAAUUAGCAAAACAGCAUUGUAGAGUAUGCUUCUCCAAUGUUCUCAUACUACUUGAAAUGCUUUUAGAUCAGAAAUAUCUUAGCAGUUUGUCUUAAAAGCUCAUUUUCUGUUUCUACCUCCACACUGUAGCUACUUCUCUGCGGUUUUAUGAAGGAUCAGUUUUACAUUUUAGUUACUACUAGGCCACCUUCAGACCUAACAAUGGAAUCUUUUUGAUAUCAUUUAGUUAAAUAAAUAAUAAUAAAUAAUACAUUUAAAUAAAUAUGAAUAAAUGUUUUAUUGUUAUUAUUAUUAACUCAAUAACCAGCAAUAACUAACAUUUUCAAAUAUAAAAUUAAGGUUUUGGCGAUGCGCCAUAAUCAAAAUUUGACAGGAAAUAUUUCAAAUCCUCAGAAAAUAUUUGACAGAAAAUAUUUUCAAAUCUAGAAUGACAUCUCCCUGUAAUUUUAUACAGAUUGAUAUCAGUCCGGUCCCCACACUCUCUUGUCACAUAUCGAGUCAGAAGCAAACAUGAUUGUGCAAUCACAUUUUGUUUUGUUUUUUUGUGAAAUGAAGGAGCUCACUGGUCACCUAUCAUGUACUCAUAAUAAUCAAAUUAGUCUCAGAUUAACAGAGUUUAGUACUUCGCGCAGUGAAUCUGCAGAAAUCUUCCAAUAUUUUUCAGCCCCCUGUGAUAUAUUUUUCCUUUAUUUUUUCCGAUAUGGACAAACCAUGCAUAUCUCUGAUUGGCUAAUCCACCUGUCAGUCAUGCCCAUCUGAAAAUGUGGAGAGUCACCGGUGACCAGACUCACAUCUUCGUAAUGUACUGAAGAAGUGUGUAUUCUGGUUUCCAGGCAAAUAAAAAUAUCAAAAUAGAGACAAUGAUUGUGGGGUCUGAAAGGUGCUUACUUUUACUUUCUUUAAACAUUCUAAUAUUGAAGACUCUUCAAAUAUGGACCUGUUUAACAUUUGUGUAUAAUUCAUUGUUUGUAUGUUAGUUUCUUCCUUGGAGCGUGAUCUGGGCAGUGCGUCAGAUCACACAUAGGGCUUUGGGUGUGCAGCAAUUAGACUUUUACUAUUCAAACCAAGACAACACAGCAGUCUUGUAUUAGUUUUGAAGAAAAGCUACUAUUAAGUCAUCAUAUUAUUAACAUUUACCUGGAGUAAUGGAACCACAAGGAGGCACAUCACCUUGAAAAGCCUCUGCUUAAAAUGUCAAAAUAUUGUGAUGAAACUUAAAAUAGACUUUUGUUUUGGAUACUGGACAUUCCUGAGACUUGUUUUUUUUUUUUGCUGAAUUGAUGUUUCCUUUCAUGCCUCUGAGCGUAUUUUUCUCUGGUAAUUUACGACUUUGGCCACAGGAGCUGGCUAAACAAAAGUGUGUUUGUUUUGGCUUUUGUGCUGAUGAUGCAGAACUGCUGGGGGCUUUGAGGUCGACCAAGAAUGAAGACAAUUUCAAGAAAGGAGAAUGUGUGGGUUGGAUGCGUUUAAAGGAACACUGCGUAACUUUUCGGAUGUAGGAGCAUCACCUAAGUAUAAAACUUCCACUGUAUGGCAUUUACUCUGUCCAUCUAGCAUUUAUUUCAUUAUCGGUGUUUAUAUAGCUCAAAAAUACACUGAAAAAUACACUGCUACUACCUUAUUGUGAGCUGUAUCGCCUCUCCACAGAUCUACCCUGUACAAAAUUGCUUUGUUUUCAACACCUGCUAGUCUAAAAUGGAGAUAGAUGGCCAAGAAAAUGUUCUCGCUGAGAAAUGUUACGUAGUGUACCUUUAAACAGCACUGAUUCUCAAACUGUUGAACUGAAAUUACCACUUUAGAAACAAAAAGCAUGACAAAACUGGUCAUUGUUUAUUUAUAGCUAAUAUCUAUAGGCCCUCAGUUUAAAAGUGAAUAUAAUGCUUUGGAAGAAAUGGAUUUUACGAAUAUUUAACCUAAAUUAAGACAGACAAAAUGAGAUUAAAAACAGAAUGUAACUCAGAUUUAACAAGCACUAAACAAGGACCCACACCACCACUGAAAAAAAUCCCACAGACUGUUAGCAGUACUUGCACCACAGUUUGAAAAUCACUGCAUUAAACUUCCUGAGUCAUUAUCCCAUUGUUUUCUAUGGUCAAUGAAAGUGCAUAGGGGCUGUUUCGUAAAUAGGAUUAUUCUUGUUUAGCUGAGGACUUAGAUUCAGAUCUCGGACGUGUGUAACAUUCAAAUGAACUGUUUUAAAUGCACCAAUGGUUUGACACUACAUUUCCACCAAUCCUACUGUUUUUCUCCUUACAAAUCUGAGUUUGU